UGUAUUUUCCAUGCAUAAUGAAACACUUGGUAAGACCUCGGUGGCCGCGCCGGCAUCAGCGACCCUUUUGACUUGGAUUGUUUGGCCGGCGAACGCCAUGUCCGAAUUACUACACAACAAAGACCUCACCUUUUUAACUAAAUUCAUCAAAAUUAGUACUACCAAUCUGAAUAAUUAAAUCCUGAAUCUCACCAAUUAAAAAUUAAUCAAAGCCCAGAAUCAAACACCCAAAGUUCUGCUCUUUGCUCCAACUCCAAGAAAAGCCAUCUAUGAGGAAGUAAAGAACCCUCCAAGCUCAGGGCACCCUCCUUUUCCUUUUUGUAUGCUUGCUCUUCUUCUGUUUUGUCCUUUCUCAGUAACGGAGGAGUUACGCUCAAAACCUUGCAAAAAACAGCUUUUCAAGAGGCCGUUUUUGGUUUUGAUUCCUUUAGUUCUGUCGUUUUCACCGGUGUGAAUUCAACGCCAGAGGUGGGUUUCUCUUUAUUGGUUUCAAGCAUACUCACGGGACUUCCAUGGCUUGCUGUGUGCCUCCCCUCAUUAACAAUCUUCACACCCUUUUUUGCUUUGCUUAAAUAUGUUAUGUUUCUUCUGCCUAGCUAGUUGCUUUCUGUGUUUUUUUUUUCUUUUCUUUGCAUUUGCAUUGUUCUUGUUUGAGCAAAAAAAUGAGUCAACUCAGUGUGAUACUGCAGGAAUCAUUGCAAGGGGAAAGGGGAGCAAGGACAAUCCUGAGAUUUCUGAGAGAAGAAAUGGACGGUGUAGAUAGGGAAAGGAGGAGGAGGAGUUUCAAAGAACGGCUAGGAUUUAAAAUCGUGGGCUGUUGUGGCGCCACCUGGGGCCUCGGGUCAACGACCAUAAGCGUUAGAGACGACGAUGAAGUUGAAGUGGUAGAAGAAGAAGAAGCAGACCAACAACGGGAACAAGUAGAAGCGACGCAUUCGGGUCAUAAUCCGGAUCCAGGUUGCAUUAACCCGUCUCCCGUUUCGUCGGGCAUGAAUCUGGCGGCGGCUUUAGCAGCCGAGAGACACUUUCGGGCAGCUCAAGAACCGGAGGGAGGUAACGCGGCUCCGACGAGUGAUGGGCAGAGUAAUGCGGGGCUCAGAUCGCCCGGGACGCCGCUCAGGGUGUCGUUGAUGAGGCUGUUGGAGGAGGCGGACGGCUUCUGCGGUGGUGGGGAGGAGGAGAAAGGUGGCGUGGAGAUGGGGAGUGAUUCGAUGUGCUGCGUGUGCAUGGGGAAGAAGAAAGGCGCGGCGUUUAUCCCGUGUGGACACACUUUUUGCAGGGUGUGUUCGAGGGAACUGUGGUUGAAUCGAGGGUCUUGUCCCCUCUGCAACCGUUCAAUCCUCGAGAUUCUUGACAUUUUCUAAACAAUCAGGUCCUUCCCCUCCCCCUGAUGAUUGCCAUCAUGAUGAUGAUGAUGGUGAUGGUGAAUGAAUGAUGAUGAUGAUGAUGGUGAUGGUGCCUCGAGAUGGUCAGACCUUGGAGGGUGAAGGUGAAGGGAAUUUUGUCAUGGGAUUGGAUAUUCUAUACUAUUUACUGCUUGAAAAUCUUAUUUUACUUGAAACAUUAUUCUUUUUCGAUGUUCUUUCCUCUCCUCUUUUGCCAAAAAUACAGCAAUUAGUGGUUAGUUAGGAUCGACAUUUGGAAAUUUGAAGACUGUAAAAUAGAGUUUAUUUUCCUAUUUC